AGCCUUUUAUUUGGUGCUCAAACAAAAACACCGCUACUCACUCUUUCUCACAAAACAAACCAUCUCAUAUCAUCAUCUCCUUCACUUCUCUCUUCAUCAAUCCUCUCUGUAUCGCUAAACCACGUUGCAAUUCUUCAGAUCUACCAUUGUUCCUCACAUCUUUUGAUCAUGAUUUUUUCUAGGAUUGGACGCUCCUUGUCGCGUUCUUCUCGCGCUAGAAAUCUUUUCUGCGGUGAUGGCAGAUUGGGAACCCUAGGGGUAUCGUCGCGAACGAAUGUCGCGGCGGAAGGGGGAUUAGGGUUUUUCAGGGGAUAUGCAUCUUCUGUCGGAGCUGCUCGCAGUAGUGGCAGCCUCCUUUCCAAUUUGGCUGCUUUCAAAUCUGUUGCCGCAAACCCUAGGCUUCACCACCGCUUGUUUUCCAGCGAAGCCCCUAAGAAGAAUUAUGAGAACUUCUAUCCCAAGGAAAAGAAGGAUGCUCCCAAGGGAAACGGAAACAACGAUAAAAAAUACGAGUCUAAAGAUGAGUCGAAUACCAACUCAGAUGAACAAGGAAAUUUUCAAGAAACUUUCAUGAAACAAUUUCAAAAUCUACUCACCCCAUUGUUGGUGAUGGGCCUAUUUUUUUCAUCCUUUUCUUUUGGUCCUCGCGAGCAGCAGCAGAUUAGCUUUCAAGAGUUUAAAAAUAAGCUGUUGGAACCAGGGUUAGUAGACCAUAUUGUUGUCUCAAACAAAUCAGUUGCUAAAAUAUAUGUAAGGAGCUCUCCCCGUGAUCAAACAGAUGGUGAAAUGGUCCAAGGGACCCUCCCUCCAAAGGGAUCUGGAGGCCAAUACAAAUAUUUUUUCAAUAUUGGAAGUGUUGAGUCUUUUGAGGAGAAGUUAGAGGAAGCACAAGAAGCACUGGGAAUCGACUCUCAUGAUUAUGUACCUGUUACAUAUUCUUCUGAAAUGGUUUGGUACCAGGAAUUGAUGAGAUUUGCUCCAACACUGUUGCUUUUGGGAUCUCUCCUAUAUAUGGGAAGAAGAAUGCAAGGUGGAAUUGGUGUUGGCGGUGGCGGCGGUGGUAAGGGUGCUCGUGGAAUAUUCAACAUAGGAAAAGCCCAUGUUACUAAAGUAGACAAAAAUGCCAAAAACAAGGUCUAUUUCAAAGAUGUUGCUGGCUGUGAUGAGGCAAAGCAAGAAAUUAUGGAGUUUGUCCACUUCCUUAAGAACCCAAAAAAAUAUGAAGAACUUGGUGCGAAAAUUCCAAAAGGUGCUCUCCUGGUUGGUCCUCCAGGCACAGGAAAAACCCUUUUAGCAAAAGCAACUGCAGGAGAGUCUGCUGUACCAUUUCUUUCUAUAUCUGGUUCUGAUUUCAUGGAAAUGUUUGUUGGUGUCGGGCCAUCUAGGGUGAGAAACUUGUUUCAGGAAGCAAGACAGUGUGCUCCCAGUAUAAUAUUUAUUGAUGAGAUUGAUGCGAUUGGUCGAGCAAGGGGACGUGGAGGUUUCUCUGGAGCAAAUGAUGAGCGCGAAAGUACUUUAAAUCAAUUGUUGGUCGAGAUGGAUGGUUUUGGAACCACAGCUGGAGUUGUUGUGCUGGCAGGAACAAAUAGACCUGAUAUAUUAGACAGUGCCCUACUUAGACCUGGGCGAUUUGAUCGCCAGAUUUCAAUUGAUAAACCUGAUAUUAAAGGUCGUGACCAGAUAUUUCAGAUAUACUUGAAAAAGAUUAAACUUGACCAUGAGCCUUCAUAUUUUUCACAAAGACUUGCAGCCCUUACUCCAGGAUUUGCUGGAGCCGACAUUGCUAAUGUUUGCAAUGAAGCUGCUCUGAUUGCUGCAAGAGGUGACAAAACACAAGUCACAAUGGACCAUUUUGAGGCAGCUAUUGAUAGGAUUAUUGGUGGUUUGGAGAAGAAGAACAAGGUAAUAAGCAAGCUGGAAAGGCGUACUGUCGCUUACCAUGAGUCAGGCCAUGCUGUUGCAGGUUGGUUCUUGGAACAUGCUGAUCCCUUGUUGAAAGUAACUAUUGUUCCUCGUGGAACUGCUGCUCUUGGAUUUGCGCAGUACGUUCCAAAUGAGAACCUUCUCUUGACAAAGGAGCAGAUGUUUGAUAUGACUUGUAUGACCCUUGGUGGUCGGGCUGCAGAGCAGGUUCUCAUAGGGCAAAUCUCAACAGGAGCACAGAACGACUUGGAAAAAGUGACAGACUGGAGUUAUAAACAAGUGGGUGUCCUAGGUUUCAAUGAGGAAGUGGGCCUCCUAUCUUUCCCUCAGAAAGAAGACUCAUUUGGGUCGAAGCCAUAUAGCAGCGAAACUGCUGCAUUGAUUGAUAGGGAAGUGAGAAAAUUGGUGAAGAAAGCAUAUGACCAUACAGUAAAUUUAAUUGAGGAACACAAGGAGCAGGUAGCUCAAAUUGCAGAGUUGCUGCUGGAAAAAGAAGUACUUCACCAAGAUGACUUGCGUCGAGUUUUGGGUGAGCGUCCCUUCAAGGCCAGUGAACCCACCAAUUAUGAUACCUUUAAGCAAGGUUUCCAAGAGGACGAGACAAAAAACAUAGAAAGCAUGGUCGAUGUGGCUGAAGAGGGUGGUGGGGAUUCACCUUUUGAUCCUCAGGUAGUUCCCACAUAGUUGAAUAAGUUCCCGUUUUGAUUUAUAGUGUACAUGAAUAUCAUGUUUUUGUGAAUUGAUAACAUGGACAAAACUUGUACGAUAACUGCUAAUAAAUACAAUUUAUUUCUGAUUUCUCUUUUCUUA